AUGGCCGCCGAAUACGAACUCUUCGAACCCCCAAACGAUGCCAUCUCAACCGUCACCUUCCACCCCUCCAAACCAGAGGUCCUGAUGGUCUCCUCCUGGGACAAGAACCAGCAGACGGCAAAAUACUACCACAGUGCGGCAGUUCUGGACUGUUGCUUUGGGGAAGGCAUGCAGGCGUACAGCGGAGGACUCGACAAAGCCGUCAGGAUGCACGACUUUUCGACGGGACGGGAUGUUGUGUUGGGAAACCAUGAUGAUGCUGUGCGUACGAUGGCUUUUAGUACCGCCAACAACUUCUUGGUGACGGGAUCAUGGGACAAGACGAUCGGGACAUGGGACCACCGCGCAGGAGGUGCCGAGCACGGCUCAAACCUGGGAAUAUACCACCAACCCGAAAAGAUCUUCUCCCUCGACGUCUGCGACCAGAAACUGGUCGUCGCCAUGGCAGGACGUCAUGUGUUUAUCUACGAUCUUAGGAAUAUGAAGGAAACCCUGCAGCGUCGGGAGAGCUCGUUGAAGUACCAGACACGGUUUGUCAAGUGUAUGCGAAACGGGCAGGGGUAUGCGUCGUCGUCGAUCGAGGGCCGUGUUGCGGUCGAGUUUUUUGACCCUUCACCACAGAGUCAGGCCAAGAAGUAUGCCUUCAAGUGUCAUCGCCAGAAUGAGGAUGGUGUUGAGAUGAUCUAUCCCGUCAACGCCUUGGCGUUCCAUCCUAUUCACGGAACGUUCGCAUCAGGAGGAUCGGAUGGAGGAGUGACAAUGUGGGAUGGAUACAACAAAAAGAGGCUACGACAGUACCCACGGUACCCAACCUCGGUCUCGUCGCUGUCAUGGUCCUGUGACGGCAAGACGCUGGCGGUCGCCAGUUCUUAUACAUUUGACCAGGGCGAGAAGGACCAUGCACCAGACCAGAUCUUCUUGCGCUCAAUAUCGGAUCAGGAGGCCCGACCCAAGACCGUCGCUGGAAUGAGCAAAUAA